UGGUGCUGGCUCCAUGGUUAGUAGUGAUUCUAGUAGUAACAGCCACUUUCACAGCAAGCCUCACUUCCAUGAUGACCAUCUCUCGUGUCCAGCCAUCUGUGCUCAAUGUGGAAACACUUAAGAGAGAAAAUGGGACUGUUGGAUGUAAUGGAAACUCUUUUAUAGUAAAGUACUUGAUCGAUGUUCUAGAGUUCAGACCAGAAAACAUCAAGAGAAUUUCCUCCAUAAGUGACUACCCAAAGGCCUUCCAGAAUGGAGAUAUUCAAGUGGCUUUCUUCGUCGCCCCCCAUGCUAAAGUCUUUCUCGCAUGUUACUGCAAGGGCUAUAUGAAAGCAGGUCCUAUAUACAAGCCUAGCGGCUUUGCAUUUGUUUUUCCAAAGGGAUCUCCCCUGGCCAUUGACCUGUCAAAGGCAAUCCUAGAUGUAAACGAGAAGAAGCAAGUGGAGCUAUUAGAAAAACAAAUGCUCUCCUCCUUUAACUGCUCCCCUUCACUCAACUUGAACGAUGGUCCAAUAGGUUAUGAGCCCUUUUCCGGCCUAUUUCUAAUUUCAGGUUUGGUUUGUGCAUUUGCUCUAUUGGUUACGAGUGGGCGUAUCGCCGGUAGACAUCUGCAGAAUAUGAGCUGCAUACGAGCAAUACUAAUGAAAACAGGAAUUCUAAGAUGGGCUUUUAUGUACUUGAUUCAGAGCCGCAGAAAAUCUCAAAAGCAUUGCUCCACAACCUCCAUCCUGGAAACUUGCUCUACAAGGAACAUGAGCAGUGGUGGUGAUAUAGUGAUUAUCACGCACCAGUAAGAUUAGUUUACAGAGUUUUAUCGUAAAAACGGAGAUGUAACUUUUUACAUGUUAUAGAUUGAAUGAAAUGUAUAGUUGACGAAAUUCCACUUGAGGUUCAGUGGAAAUUUGUA